CCGAGGACGAGAGCGCGAGGCUGGCGAAGGCGAUGCAGAGCUUCCAGGACAACACGUGCAUCCGGUUCACGCCCCGGUCGGGUCAGAGCGACUACAUCCACAUCGCCAAGUGGGGUCAAGGGUGCUCGAGCUACGUGGGCCGCGCGGGCGGGGAGCAGUCCCUCUCGCUCGACAACGGCUGCACGGACGAACGCACGAUGUUGCACGAGCUCAUGCACGCCCUGGGGUUCUUCCACGAGCACACGAGGAGCGACCGGGACGACUAUCUCACCAUCAAUUUUGGCAACAUCAUGACC